CCACACGGACGAAGAAGACUACAUGCCACACGAGAAAUCUUAGAACAUUUCUGGACAUUUGCGUUCAACAACAAUGUAUGUGGAAAUAUUCCCUGCAUUUUCAUUAAGUCUAUCACUAUAAUGUGUUAGUACCAUCCAUUAACAUUAGCUGGAUAAUUUAAUAUGGAUUGGUGAAAUAAUAGAUUUGAGGAUGUCAAGGACGUGAUGCUAUAAGCUACUAUCGUAAACUACAGUAGUGAAAGUUAUGGCACUAUCAAAGCAAGACGACACCUCCAAUGUUGUACUUCCUGGAGAGGGAUCCAAAGACGGGUUGCCAUGUCUUAUCCCACCUGUCCAAAGAAAAACAUGUACUGGCAGGAAUUUGAAUGAGAAAGAGAUGGAGAAACUGACAGGUGACCAGACUUUGGUGUCUGACUUCAAGCAGAUGAAGUUGGAAAAGGAGGCACAAAAAAACUGGGACUUGUUUUACAAAAGGAACACAACACACUUUUUCAAGGAUAGGCAUUGGACCACCAGAGAGUUUGAAGAACUGAAAGUGUGCCUUGAGUUUGAAGUCAAGAAGCUUGUCCUGCUUGAAGCUGGCUGUGGGGUUGGGAACUUCGUCUUCCCACUACUGGAGGAAGACCUCAACAUCUUUGUCUAUGCCUGUGACUUCUCACCACGAGCUGUGGAGUUUGUGAAGGAACACUCCCUGUACUGCGCUGAGCGCUGCAGUGUGUUCCAGUGUGACCUGACAAAGGAUGACCUGAGGGGUAACGUCCCAGUGGGAUGUGUGGAUGUGGCCACGCUCAUAUUUGUCCUCUCAGCUAUCCACCCAAACAAGAUGCAGCAGGCUCUGGACAACAUUUACAGGGUUCUGAAGCCAGGGGGCAUCAUUCUGUUCAGGGACUAUGGCCUGUAUGACCACGCCAUGAUGAGGUUUAAGGCGGGAAACAAACUGGGAGAGAACUUCUACGUCAGACAGGAUGGCACCAGGUCUUAUUUCUUUUCCAAAGAGCUCCUGGCAGACCUGUUCAGAGGGGUGGGGUUCGAGAGUGUAACCAAUGAGUACGUGCUACGAGAAACGGUCAAUAAGAAGGAGGGGCUUUGUGUGCCCAGGGUGUUCCUUCAAAGCAAGUUCCGAAGGCCAGACCAAUUACAGGGCUCCUGAAGUCCCUUUCCUCAACAAAUGCUUGAAACCUUUUAAAGGCACAAAUGGACUGAGACCUUCAUAUAUGAAUGGACAUCAUUGGACAAAAGCCUCUACACUGCCGUAUGGCUGAUUAAGUGUCGUUUGUUUGAUUAUGCUUUUUUAUUAAUUACUUGAGUAAAAGUAAAAAAUUGUGUGGUUUUAAAUAGUAAUUCAAAAGUAAAUGCUAUUCAUCAUUUCAAAUACCUUAUAUUAAGCAAACCAGAAAGCACAAUUGAUGUUUUAUUUACUGAUAGCCAGGGGCACACUCCAACACAGACAUAAUUUACAAACAAAGCAUUUGUGUUUAGUGAAGUCUGCCAGAUCAGAGGCAGUAGUGAUGACUGUGUUCUCUUGAUAAGUAUGUCAAUUUGACAAAUUUCCUGUCAUGCUAAGCAUUUGAAAUGUAACGAGUACUUUUGUGUGUCAGAAAAUGUAUAGGAGUAAAAAGUACAUAUUUUCUUUAGAAAUGUAAAAAAUUGAAGUUGGAAAGUACAAAUACUCCAAAAAACUACUUAAGUAGUACUUCACACCAGUGAUACAACUAUAUGUCUAUAUGAUGGACAAUUUCUUAGAGAGAAAGGUUUGGUUGUGUAUUUUCAGAGUAGUUAAAGUUCCAAUACUAUUUUUUGCUGCCAACUUUUCCAAUCAUGUAAUACAUUUUUUUACCACAAGGGGGCAACAAAACCUGUAAAAAAAUAUAUAUGUAACAUCAAAUGCUCCUUGGUUAGUCGAAAUAAAUAAUGUCUCAUAUUUUU